AAACAAUGGCCGAACACAGUGCGAGCAUCGUAUCGAUCUGAGUGGUUUCAGGUUUUCUUUUGCGGUAAAAUGUGACAGAUCUGAUUGGAUAUCAAAAUGUGGAUACCGACUAAAAAUAAAAAAUACGGCGUCGCCAUUUACAAUUGGAAAGGCGACGUACGUUUCGGCUUGAGUCUGGAGAUCGGGGACACCGUUCAAAUUUUAGAGGAAUGCUCCGGAUGGUAUCGCGGUUUCUCCACAAAAAACCGCGCCGCAAAGGGCAUUUUUCCCCAGAAUUAUGUGCACCUUAAACCUUGCAAAGUUGAGAACGAAGGACUGUUUGAGAGCGUCGUUCCUGUUGAGGAUCCUGUCGUGCGGGAAGUCACCCUGGUUUUGAGGGAGUGGGGCUAUAUUUGGAAGACUAUUUUUGUGGAGAGAAAUACUUACAAAUUUGAAACUGUGGGGAAAGUUAUGAGGGAUUUGUUGGAAUGGAGAAGGCAAUUGGUGUCAGGAACAUUGACCACAGAUCAAACCAAAGAGCUGAAACUCCAGAUAAUCAAGAAAAUUGAUUGGGGCAAUCGAAAAUUGGGUUUGGACUUGGUGCCGCGAAUCGGUUCCCAAAUGGUGGAACCCGAUUCGAUGUCCAUCGUCGAACUCUACCAUGUCCACGUGGCCAGUGCGGAAAACACUCACAGCUUUUCAGCACGCGGCACAAUGAAAAAGAAGGAGACGAAAAAAAUGCUCACGCACCACCUGUACUUCUGUAUGCGCGAUUUCGGCCACCACGUCGGCGAAGAUACCGAAAUCUAUUUCUCACUUUACGACUCCUCCAAGCAAAGAUACAUAACGGAACGUUUCCUAGUCAAAAUCUCCAAAGAAGGCUUCUCCAACUACCUGGACAAGCUGCACAGUAACUGUACGGUGUUCACUGAUCUGGGCAAUUCAGAUUUGAAUAAGGAUAUUUACUUGGUGGCUCACGUGAUGCGUAUCGGCAAGAUGCUCUAUUCGGACACGUCGAAAAAGACUGACAAGAAUCAGAUCCAGCAGCAGGUGUUCAAACGGCCUCAUUGCGUUGCGGUGCAACAUUUGGGGGAGUUUUUCACGUUGAAGGAAGGCAAGGAUGAUUCGGAGGAGAAGGAGUUCAAUCUUAAAGUUUACCAGACUGAAGAAAAAGACUUCCAUCAAUUGCACGAGUUUAUUAUCAGACAAUCGGGGAAGUACAACGCACUUUCCGCCCACAAUUACGGUAUUAUGGUAUCGUUGAAGAUGUUGCAUGGAGAUUUGGCUAAUUUACAAGAAGAUAAUUCUCCUUUGUCGUCGAAAAAUAUUAGGUUUACCAAAAAGCUAGGUUUUCCAGAUGUGAUAAUGCCAGGUGAUGUUCGAAAUGAUCUCUACUUGAUUUUGGACAAAGGCGAAUUUGAAAGAGGUGGUAAAUCCACGGGCAAAAACAUAGAGCUCACAAUCGUUAUAAUUGACAGUGAGAAAAACAUUGUCAAGAAUUGUUUAUGGGGUGCUUCUAGUACUGACGGCUCUUCCGAAUAUAAUUCCAUGGUGAUCUACCAUCACAACUCUCCCGUUUGGUCUGAAAACGUCAGACUGACCCUUCCUACAGAUAAAUUUGCUGGAGCACACGUGCGACUCGAAUACAGGCAUUGUUCAACAAGAGAAAAGAAUGAUAAAAAGCUCUUCGGUUUCUCCUUCAUCCGACUGAUGAACAAAGAAGGAGCAGCAGUUCAAGACGGUCAACAUGAGCUUUAUAUUUACAAAUGCGAGGACAGUCAAAAGUUAAGCAACUGCGGAUACUUAUCUUUGCCCACACAUGCUAAGGAUUUGGAAGGAAACCACGAGUCGAGUGGACAAUUCUCAAGAAGUCAUAAAGAAGCUGUGAUUGUUCGAACUCUACUUUGUUCCACAAAAUUAACUCAAAAUGCUGAUCUAUUGGCCCUGCUGAGAUGGAAGUCUCAUCCGGAAAGGAUUGCUGAGUCUCUACAGAAGGUAUUACGAUUGGGCGCCGAAGAAUUAAUCAAAUUCCUGCAGGAUGUUUUGGACGCAUUAUUCGCGUUGUUUUCCACAGAAGAUGGAAAUUCAACCACACACAGUGGAUUAGUUUUCCACGUUUUAGUCUCCAUAUUCAAUCUUUUGGACGGCUCCAAAUACCAACAUUUCAAACCUGUUUUGGAUGCUUACAUUAAAAAUCAUUUUGCAGCUGCUUUGGUCUACAAGGGUCUACUAACGAGUGUUCAGCAUUGCGCCGACUACGUCUUACAGUUCGAGAAACAAGAACCAAUAGAAAAGUGCUUCAAGAGUCUCGAGUACAUCUUUAAGCUGAUCAUUCAGAGUAGACUGUUGUUUUCUAAAGCGACAGGCGGACAUUUCGAAGACAGCUUCCGCAGGGAUCUGUAUAGCGUCUUCUCCUCCCUUAACCGUAUGCUCAAACUCAACCACACUCAAAUCAUCAAUACGCAAGUUGCGUUGUUACUUUCCGUUAGUGCCGUUUAUGAACAAUUAACUGAAGUGCUUCCCACUAUUGAGAUAACAAAAUUGGCAGCUUCGAUGUUGGAUCAGCUACCGAAAGAUUUGGCUGCUCUACUUGUGCAAUCUAAACUAUCCUGUAUUAAAAAUUUGGUCAACACCAGACUCUUUCAGGAUGAUGAAUCAAGAAUAAUACUUCUAGAAACUAGUUGUAAACACUUACAUUAUCAUUUGAUGCGACGAGAUGAAUUGAAGUUGUGCACUGAGAUUUUGGGCGACAUUCUAUCCUUCCUGUUUAAAGAACGUAAAGGAAGCGGUGAAAUCGGAAAAAUAAACAACUGCAUCCAUCAUGAUGUUGAUACAGUUUGUCGAACUAUUUUGGAAAUCUUGGUCCAGACUAUUUUGACGGUUAUCGAUAAAGAAGUGAAAGUCAUGGGAUGUUUGGUGGCUUGUUUAAUAGGAAUCCUGCAACUUCUCGACGAGUUUCAUUACAAAAGACUGUGGGAACUUUUGUCAGGAGUACACGGGGACAGAAAACCACUAAAAGAUCUUUUGAUGAGGGUGUUUUUGGUAUUCAGGAAUUUGGUGAGGAUGGAAGUGUUUUCAUCUGAUUGGCUUGUCAUAAAAAUGCUGACAAACAAUGUGAUGCUCAAGGCCAUGCAAGAGUUUGCUCAACCUCUUGCGUUUAAAUUUUUGGAUAGUCGUGCUGGAUAUUUUGAUAAAGAGUUGUGGACUAGUUACUUUAAUUUGGCUGUGAAUUAUUUGACUCAACCAUCACUGCAACUGGAGCAGUUUUCUGAAGUAAAACGCGAGAAAAUCAUCGAGAAGUAUGGUGAUAUGAGAGUGUUGAUGGGCUUCCAAAUAUUAUCGAUGUGGUCACAGCUCGGUGAUUGUAAAAUUCACUUUGUACCAUCCAUGGUAGGUCCGUUUUUGGAAGUGACUCUGGUACCGGAAAUUGAACUCAGAAAAGCCACAUUCCACAUUUUCUUUGACAUGAUGGAAUGUGAGCAAAGAGCCAGAGGCAAUUUUAAGCAAGUCGAAAGUGAACUUAUUGAUAAAUUGGACAUUCUAAUUUCCGAAAAUAAAGGAGACGAUGAAUAUAGGAGAUUAUUCAACACCAUGGAACAUUUAAGUGGAGUGCUUUUGGAACGUGUUCAAACGGAAGAUCCAGCUUGGAAAGAAAGUGGAGCAGCGUUUAUAAGUUCAGUUACGCGGUUACUGGAAAGACUUUUAGAUUACCGAAGUGUUAUUCAAGGUGAUGAAAAUCGGGAUAAGAGGAUGUCAUGUACUUUCAAUCUUUUGAAUUUCUACAAGAACGAGUUUAAUAGAAAAGAAAUGUAUCUCAGGUACAUUUACAAACUGCAUGAUUUACACCUUUCGGCAGAAAAUUACAGUGAAGCUGCUUUCACUAUGAAACUAUAUGCUGAUCAACUUUCUUGGAGUACAACAACUCUUGUUUCCGACCCUCAUUAUCCCAACUGCACUGAAUUUCAAGUUAAAGAAAUCCUUUACAGACAAAUAAUCACCAAUUUUGACAAAGGAAAGUGUUGGGAAAAGGGAAUUCCUCUGUUGAAAGAAUUAGCUCAUCAAUACGAAACUGUGUCUUUUAAUUAUAAAGGAUUGAGUGAUAUUUUGAAAAAUCAAGCCAAAUUCUACGAUAACAUUCUAACUCAACUCCGUCCUGAACCUGAAUACUUUAGAGUCGGUUUCUAUGGUCUUAGCUGUCCCCUUUUCGUUAGAAAUAAGCAAUUUGUGUAUCGUGGACUGGAAUAUGAGAAAAUGAGUGCAUUCACCCAAAGAUUACAAACCGAGUUUCCAGUAGCUCAGAUCUUGACAAAAAAUACACCUCCAGAUGACAGCAUAGUCAAUUCUGAAGCUCAAUACAUCCAAAUCAGUAAUGUCAAACCCAUCCCAGAACAAACUCCAAUCACAAUGGCAACUGACAUUCCAGACAAAAUUUCUAGGUUUUAUCAUUAUAACGACGUCAAGAAGUUCUAUUGCGACAGACCUGUUCAUAAAGGAAUUGUUGACAAAGAAAACGAAAUCAAAACUUUAUGGAUAGAACGUACUGUGAUGGAAAUCGCAAACCCUCUACCAGGGAUCCUGCGCUGGUUCGAAGUGAUUAGUCGCCAGGUGGAAGAGAUCUCUCCCGUGCAGUAUGCUUGCGAAACAAUGCAAAACGUCGAAAAGGAACUGCGACAGUUGAUCGCCGCCUACACGGCUGACCCUAAAAGAAACUUGAAUCCCUUCACGAUGCGUCUGCAGGGGAUCAUAGACGCUAAUGUCCAAGGUGGAAUCAGCAAAUAUCAGCAAGCCUUUUUCACCAAUGAAUUUGCUAAGUUGUAUCCAGAGCACAUUGUAUACGCUGGGAUGUUGAAGGAAUUGAUUUUGAACGCUACUGGGGUGAUUGAGGAAGGCCUGAUUUUGCAUGGAAAAUUGGCGAAUGCGGGCAUUUUGCCUUUGCACCACAGAUUGAUGGAACGUUUCGGACAACUGUGCGAAAGUUUGGGCUCUUUGAAACACGCUAACAGUAUUGUACACACUCCAUUGCCUCCAGUACCAACAGCAAAGAGUUUGAAAGAAAAUGGAAGUAACAGAUCUUCAGGUUCUAGUGGAAAUUACGGUCAUCUGGCAGAUCACCAUUCUGACUACGAUAACAUCCAUACAAAAUCGGAGGAGAGGAUGAUUUUGGAUCGUCAAAAUCUGACUUUACCGAUGGUUUCAAGUACAACUGCGCCACCAAUCCCUCAGAGAGAAUCAAAUCGACCGCGUUCUCAAGGCUUCAACAACACCAGUUUCACCGACAUCCGAACUCCUACUAGAACAUCUCUAGAUUACAAUACAUCUAGUCUACCAACCAUGAAAUCUAGAGAACCUGAUAUCUGCGACAUACCCCUUCCACCGAAACCUGGUCACACCAGGGAAAGAUCUUUAACAAAACCACCAUCACCCAGACUUUUAAGACAUGCCAUGUCUAUGACUCCAACUGAUGGUUCUAUCCCUCUUAGAAACUCUUGGUCCGAUUCUGGAACAGAAGAAGCUCCACCUUUACCUCCAAGAUCACACACCCCUGAUAAACGAUUGUCGAACAGUGAGGCGCCGCCGUGCGUCCCAAAACGCACCCAGAAAAAGUCAACGCCUUCAAUGUGUAGCAUGGACUUCACUCCAGAAGACAUGCAAGAAAACGCUUUUGUUCAAGCAGCGGCGACAACCACUGAGGACAAUUCAGACCUGCGUGACUCAGGUAUAAGUAUGACGGAAGUGAACACGAAUCUGAACAAUUUCAACAACUCGUGCUACGAAGAGUUCGAGCUGCGCGGCCACCAAGAAAUGAACAUCAAUUCGAGCCCGAGCGAGGCGUUGCAGGAAAGUCCACCGCCGAUUCCGCCGAAAUGCGCCCAACUGGCGCACACCGACGAUGCGACCAAUUCGUUAGAGAGGCGCCACCUGUCGCCGCCCGAGGCGUACGCGCAUCCACCUAAUUUGCUCGUCAGAAAUGAUGUCGGCCAAGAUGUGGUUGACGAGUGAGGUUUUUAGUAUUAACGUGGUUGUGUCGGAAGUAUGAUUUUUAACUAGUCCGAGUUUUUUCCUCGUUUAUUCGUUACGUUUUUAACCAUUCCCGUUUUAAUUCCAUUUACAACCGAUACAGGAUAGUUUUUUAAGAAAAUUGUAUACAUGAACUAAUAUAUUUUCGUAUUAAUAUAACAUAAAGGCUUACGAUGUACAGAUAGUUGUAGAAAAGUGGGACAAUAGGGAGAGGUACACGAGUUUCUCACCUGAUCUUUUUUCUAUUACAGGUAAACUGAGCAACGAAAUGUUUUAUUUAUUUUUAACGUGAUCUUCCUUAAUAUACAAAUAAAACGCAACUGUGUCAAAUUUUCACUGAUAUAUAAGUAUUAAAUACUAAGUAUAAAUGGUACCUCCUCCUUAUUGUUGCAAAAUACUAAUUGUAUGUGUAUGCAUGUACUUAUAAAUUUAAGGCAUCGUCAUAAAACUACAUCGACCACUAUAAACUCCAUUAAGAUACAAAAAACGACCAUGUAUUAUAUUUUCCUUUGAUAUUAAUUGUAAUGUAAUUUAUUUCCUGAGAUUAUUUUUAAUAAGCCAAAACCAAAAAUAUACUAUAACGCAAUAACAAGAUUUCUUAUUGUUAGUAUUUAUUUAUUCUGUGUAGUCAUUGUAAAACUUGAAUAAAGGCAUUAUUUUAACAAA